CCAGGACGCCGGAAGCUGGACGCCCGGGAAGGGCGUGCGGGACGAGCUGUGGACGCAAGAGUGAGCCUGUCUACGCCCCACGCCACCGCGAGAGUGCGCUGCGACGGACUUGAGGACCGAGGUGGAGGGCUCAGCGCGCUCGCCCGCAGCCCAGCUGUUUCCACAGCCCCAGCCCCUCAGUGCGCUGUCGCGCCGAGGAGUGGCGCGAGCAUCGUGACGCACUUCCGGGAUGUUGCCGUGGGAACGGCGGGGCUCACCCCUCCUAAUUUGCCAGCAGGAAAUUACUAUGUAGCUGACACAUUUGCAUUGGAUUUCCUCUGAUUUAUCCUGAAAUAUAUGUAAGAACGAUGUGCACUGCCAAGAAAUGUGGAAUUAGAUUCCAGCCUCCAGCUAUUAUCUUAAUUUAUGAGAAUGAAGUCAAGGGGAAGAAUCGUCAGCGCAUCAUGCCAGUCCGAAACUUUUCCAAGUUCUCAGAUUGCACCAGAGCUGCUGAACAAUUAAAGAAUAAUCCACGCCACAAGAGUUACCUGGAACAGGUAUCCCUGAAGCAGCUAGAGAAGUUGUUUGCUCUUUUACGAGGUCACUUGUGUGGACAGAGUCUGGCAACAACAAUGGAACAAAUUCAACGGGAAACAACCAUUGAUCCUGAGGAAGACCUGAACAAACUAGAUGACAAGGAGCUUGCCAAAAGGAAGAGCAUCAUGGAUGAACUCUUUGAGAAAAAUCAGAAGAAGAAGGAUGAUCCAGAUUUUGUUUAUGACAUCGAGGUUGAGUUCUCACAGGGCAAGCUACAGUCCUGCGGCUGGGACACAGACUCAGCUGAUGAGUUCUGACUCCAGACAUUCAACUUACUGGGCCAGUAGAGCGUCCAUGUUUUUACCAACAACAUAGUCUGAUUCUAGAAAAAUCUAUAAAGAACCCUCAGUUGUAAAACCAAGACAUUUAUACCUAUUAUGUAGGUGCAUAAGAAAUAUAGGCAAAAUAGUGUAGGAAUCUGCCAGUAAGGAGUUUGCAAACUAAUUGGAAGAUAACUCUGAGGACCAGGGAUUUAGCUCAGUGGUUGUGCUGCCUACCUCACAAGCACAAGGUCAACCUGAGUUCGAUCUCCGGUACCAAAAAAAAAAAACUCUGAAAACUUGUGAAAAGCAAAUGAACACUCAAAGCAACAAAAAGGAUUAGAGAUGGAUGCUUGAUAAAGGCCAAAGAGACUUGGAGCUUAGGUUACUAUAGGGGAAAAUAGUCAGGGAAGACUUUUCCUUUUAUUGGAGAGAUACGGUUUUGCCUGCCCCUCCACUGGUAGUAUUUAGCUAAAAGCUUAUGUAGGAUUCCACAGGAGAGCAACUAGAAAAAGAGGGAAAAUGGUAAAAUGACAAGAAAUAGAAAAAAAAUUUUUAGCAAAUUAUAGUUUGACAAGAUCAGAGGGUGUUUAUGGUUACAGGGAGUUAUCCUGUAUGUCUUUAUUGGUACUUAACACUGUUUUGUGUGUGUGUUUAACUCUGGGGUGAAGGGUCCCCUGCAAAAUGCCCUGCAGCUGCCAGUGGAUAAUCAUGAAAAACAGCAGGGGAAUUUUGCCCCUCCAGGAUCAGGAAAUACACACUAGAGACAUUCUGGAACCUGGAGCCUCUUCCCAUGAUUGAGAGGUUGGUUUGUCAAAUGGGAAAUCCACCCAUAAUACAUGAGCAAUUGUACUGCCAGUUUGUGCAUGGAAUUUGGAGGGACAAAGAGAGGAUUUUUGUUUAACAAGGCUGUGUACAGAUACAUUUGUUCUUACUAGAAUGUUAUUUAAUUGGAAGAAAUCCUGUAUUUUCUAGGGUCGAGGAUGUGAUUCAGUGGUGGCACACCUGCCUGGCAAGUGCAGAGUCCUGAAUUCGAUUCCCGGUACUGGAAAAAAAAAUGGAAAUCCUAUGUUUUCUACAAGGAUAUUAACAUUCAGGGCCAGGGAUUUAGCUCCAGUGGUUCCGGCGCCUGCCUCGCAAGCACAAGAUCCCGAGUUCAAUCCCUGGUACCAAAAAAAAAAAAAAAAGGAUAGUAACAUUCAUUAAA